UGGGAGGGUUAGAAAGCCCUACGCCUCCACCCACAAGCUACAAGUCGGAGUUCGCCUUCUUCCUCUGCACUUCUGCCGGAGAAUUUUGCUUACUUUCUUGAUCCAUCCUCCGGGUUUCACCUUCGUGAUCGACUGCUUCAACUUCAAUGGCGACUGUACCAGUUAACCCAAAACCUUUCUUGAACAAUCUGACUGGAAAACCUGUCAUUGUGAAGCUUAAAUGGGGAAUGGAAUAUAAAGGUUAUCUUGUCUCAGUGGAUUCAUAUAUGAACUUACAGCUGGCAAACACUGAAGAAUAUAUUGAUGGGCAGUUCACAGGAAAUUUGGGAGAGAUUCUGAUCAGGUGCAAUAAUGUUCUCUAUCUUCGUGGUGUACCAGAGGAUGAAGAGAUUGAAGAUGCUGACCAAGAUUAAGAGUAUGAAUGCUGCUGUUUAGAUGCCAUUUUGACCUAAAAGGUUAGAAAUAUGUUUUCCAUGUACUUGUCAGGUGUUAGGUGUAUAAUGCAAAUUAAUUGAGAGACUGAGUUUAAGGUGUUGAGGUAGGAUCCACAGUUUUAAAAUUGUGAUUUCAGCUUCUACUUUCUCUAUUAAACAGCCUCCUCUGACCCCGUUUACCUGCAAAAGACAAUUGUAUUACAAAAAGAUCGUAAGUUACUGAAUCCAAAACUCUUCCAUGUGGGGAA